AUGUCAAAGCUUAUAAUCAACCGAAUAUUCAAACCCUCUGUCUGCAAAAAUUUCCUCAGACACGCAAACGUUCGUCUGUUCUCAUCUGCAACUCACACGAGUACUAAAGUGAAUCAGCCCUUCUCGUCUAAACCAGCCUUCCCGUUUCUGUUGAUUGACUACAUCCUAAACAACCCAAACUCUUCCUCCGAUGGUCGCGUAACAACAAACGUUUACGGUAAUGAAAAGGAAGUCUUGAUUAAGGACAAGGAUCUUAAGGAGGAGGUCUGUGAUGCGAUGACUGUCGGGUUUUCUCGUGAUGGGUUGCGAGUCGAGCUUUGUGGCAACCACGGCGAUGUAUGUUCUCCCACCAUCUUUUACAAGCCUACUGACCCCGAAAUAGAAGACUUGACCGUUGAUCUACCUCCUCUACCGACGGGUUCACAAAUCCAAAGCCUGGUCAUGUCCUCUUUACCUAAACGAGACAAAAAUUGGGUAGUUGUUGUCAAGUUAUUGGGAUCUCAGUUGAGUAUGUGCAGGCCUUUUGGCAGCCGUAAAUGGAUCAACAUCCAAACCAAGCCUCAGAAUAUAAACCCUUCAUCGAGCAUCAUGUUUUCCAAGAAAGAGAAAAAGUUCUACGUUCCAACUCCCGGAGGCAACAUCUUGUGCUAUUUGGAUCCUCACUCAGAGGACGACGACCUAAUUGAUUUCGUGGAAUUGGAGUUUGACGAUCUUCCAAAAUCGGUGUUUCAAGAGUUGGCCGACGUGAGUACAUGUUCUAGGACAGACCACCUUGUGGAGUCACCCACCGGCCAACUUUUCCUAGUCAAGUGGUAUGGAGAGGAUUUAGAGGACAUUGACAACACCACACUGUAUAAUGUAACAAAAAAGUUCAUGGUGUUUAAAGAGGGAGAGAAACCGAGUUGUGUCUACACUAAGAAGAUGAUCUAUACAGAAGACAUUGGAGAUCUUUGCAUUUUUGUUGGACAUAGUGAGGCUUUCUGCGUCCCGGCUAGCUCGUCCCCUGGCCUCAAGCCUAACUGCAUCUAUUUUGUGGGCUAUAACUUUGGUGUUUAUGAUCUCACCACCAAAACUUGCACUAUGUUCCUCACAAAAGAUGAUAAUCCAUUAAGGAAAUUGGAAUUCCCUUACUGGCCUCCUCCGGCUUCCUUUCCAGUACUAGCUCCUAAUUAAUUAUCUCUCUUGCACGUGUUUAUGUUUCGCU